UGAUCAAUGGGAUAGUUUGUGGUAUGACUUUAUUGGAAUUCACAUAAUGUAUAUUACGGUGAGUGUCCACAUUAUUUAAGAUUCCCGGCUACUGCAUGCUAUGUUGUAUCCAUAACAACACAGAAGUAACUACAGUUGACGCAUGCGCGGCACUUCCAUCUGAGCCUAGUCCACCUCGUAUCCUGUUACAUGCAUAGCAAGCUAACGGGGCCCAUAUGGCCAUCCCGCUGGCUGAGGUGUACUUGCACCUCUCUUUGUUUGCCUAAUGCACCUAUAUGCCUAACCGGGUUUAUCUAUCUUGUGAUCUGUCACCGUCUCUGUUAUUGCCUUCGCACACAUCUCUGUAUGCAGAAGAAUGAUUGCAUCCUUAUCGAAAGGAAAUCUACUAGACGUGCUCCAGGAAGGUUUCAGUGAGCCACAAGUGGCGACAUAUGUGUCCUGGGUAAAUGCACAGCUGCGGAAGAAACCUGGAGUAAAGCCUGUCCAUGACCUCCGGCAAGACCUCCGAGAUGGCGUGGUGCUCGCACACCUCAUUGAGAUUGUGGCUGGGGAGCUCCUUGGCGGCAUUCAUUACGCCCCCCUUGACCCCCAAGAGAAGAAGCAGAAUGUGGAAAAGGUUCUACAGUUCAUGUCUUCCAAGCGGAUACGCAUGCCUCAGACCUCCGCUCGAGAUAUUGUGGACGGGAAUCUCAAGUCUGCCAUGCGGCUGAUCCUUGCCUUGGCAGCCCACUUCAAGCCCUCCGCUUCGGCCAGUCACCGAGCGGGCGCCACUACGGGUCGGGGCACGGCGGGGUCAUCGCCCAAUCACAGGCCUCACUCCACUAUGGCUAUGGCACAGAAUGCCGUGGCGGCGCUCGCGGUGGCGCGGCAGGAUGCCUCCCGCUCCGGCCGCUCUCUGCUUCACCUGAGACAGGAGUGGAACAGCCAAGGCAACAUGGUUUCCAAGGAGAUUGAUUGUCCAUGCUGGAGUGUGCGGGCUCUGGUGCAGCAGUAUGAGGGUCAGAAAGGGGGACCAGACGAGGAUUCGGACACAAGGCCACCCAGCCUCAGGUCACCCAGCCCUACGCAGACUAGUAGAGAAGCUCACAGUGUUUCAGAAGACCAGAGAGGGGCUGUUCAAAGCCAAGCAGUGGAAACCAUUAAAACAGAUGACAUGGUGAGGUCAUCAGCGUGCGACGAGUUGUCUGGCUCCAGGCCUGAUGGGUCCGCUGGGGGCUGUGUGUGGGAGGAGCAGCUGUGUGAGCAGCAGGAGCAGCUGGAGAAGGAGAUGCAGGAGGCUCGGAGGAUGGUGUCCAGCCUGCAGGCACUGCUUCUCCAUGGGUCACUGCCAGAAGACGAACAGGAUGUGUCUCUGGGUUUUGCUGAGGGAGUGGACAACGCAGAGCAACAGCUGAUCAUAAUCCGCAGUCGUCUGGACCAGAGUAUGGAAGAGGCUCAGGAUCUGAAGAGGGAGCUAUCUAAAUUUAAACAAGAGGCACGAAAUCUGCUCGGUGUCAAGGAUGCCUUGCAGCAGAGAAUGGCAGUACAAGAGACGUGUGUCUUACAACUGAAACAAGAACUUCUAAGGACUACCAUGGCCAGAGAUGAACUGACUGGUCAGAAUGUGGAGUUGCAGCGAAAGCUAGAGGACCGAAACAAACUACUCAGUGAUUACAAGAAAGAGCUGGGUCAGAAGGACAGACUGCUCCAGCAGCAGCAGACCAAACUGGACGACACCCUGCGGAAACUCUCAGAGAGCAGCCACCAGCAGACAAGCCUGCAGAGGGAGCUAGAGCGCAAGGAGCGUAUACUGCAGGAGCUGAUGAACAAUCAUGAUCCAGAGGAGGUCCCUGUUGGCCACAAUAAUGGAUACGCGGAGACGUCCAUGCCCCAGACAUACAAAGGGGCAGAGGAGCUGCAGCUGGUGCGCGAUGCCCUGCGCAGCCUGAGGAGCAGCUUCAGUAGCCACGAGCCCCAGCAGCACACGCUGGACACGCUAGAGCAGGGCGUGGCCAGCCUCAUGGACCGGCUGCACGCCGCCCAGCCCAGCUGCCCCCACCAGCGCAGGGUCAGAGGUAAAUCACCAGGACGUAAAGCUGCCCCCACAGACCAUGAGGCCUGGCCAUCUGGCUCUACUAAAAGCUCCUUGGGCCUUGGACUGUAUCAUACUCACACAGGUUGACAGACACCAGCAGGAUAGACAGAUGGAGACAGACACUCAGAGACUAUUCAGUGGCCCAAAGCUGAGCUGAGGGCCCCCAGUCAGCCUAGUGGAGACAGUGGAACCCCCCCCCACCCACUGGCCAACAGUGUCCAAGUGUCUAUGAUGUGGACUUGGAGGAAUACUGAAUGAAGAGUGAUGGUGGCGUAAUGAACCUGUCUACAUGCCACUGAAGCAGAUAGUGGUUGUCAGGCCUGUCCAUCAUGGACACGUUGUUGACUAACUCAAGUCAACCUUGUGACUCCUUUGCAUGAGGUUAUGAGUGGAAAAUGACAUCAUUUUCACUUUGUUCAAUUAUUCCUUGAAGUAUUACCAUGCUCAUAGGUUCAUGUUGGAGUGCCAAGUGCAUUUUCACACUUACCCUUUUCACACCAGGGAAUUCUCAGGGUGGAUGGGCAUGGGCAGUGUUUCGUGCUCAGGUCAUAGACCUACAUAGUGAAUAUCCUUUGUGAUUUGUGGGAUCGACUGACAUGUCUAUCUGUCCGUCAUACAAACAUGUACAAUCACAAAAUGGUGGAUGUUGUAAAAACUAGCUACCUACUGGAGCAUACGUAAAACUGUUUGAAACUGUUACUUUUCUUAAGUAAUGUUUACAUGCUCUUGGUUGACUUUAUAAGGGUAUGCAACUGAAAUGUCAUGUAGCAUUCACUGCCAAGCGAACUGGGUUCAUAUUGGUAUCAUUCACAGGACCCUAGAUGGACUGAAAUGAGCUGUAUGGAAAUUACUUUGAAAACACAUCUAUGAUAAUAACGCCAACAGGUUUCACUACAGAGCUUGGGUCACCCUGGGAUACAAAGUGUGGGUGUGGAAAUGCCUGUUGGAACAUUUCUGAUGCCAUUCCUGUUGUUAUUCUACCUACAUGUCUGCUGUUUAUUCUGCACUCCUAGAAAAAAAGGUUCUGUAUUCAAACAUAGGUCAGGAAUCAUUUGUUGAGCUUGGGAACUUUUUUCAGGAACAUUAACAUUUAUUUUUUUCAGAGCAGAAUCUAUUUAGAUUGAAAUCAAUUAUGUUUUCUAUUAUUCUGUUCCUACAUUGUGCAUCAUGCAACCCAUGGAGUUAUUGUCAUUAACUUAUGUUUGAUACAUUUGCUACAUCGCUAUUAUUACACUGAUGUUAUUUAUAGAGGGAAAGGUUAAACAACAUUAACAAAGAUUCAAGCUCAUAAUGAUUAUUUCUGUUUUUUGGUAAAGUUAAUUAUCAUUUUGCUCUUAAUUAAUGCAUGAUUUAGUAUAAACUAUGUUCUUCAAAACAAUUUGAUGCAGUAGUUCCAAUAGUUUUUUCCAAUUCCUUGAAUGGUUCCAAGUACAUUAUGUGCUCACAGGCCUAGUUUAGAAUGAAGAGCAAACGUAUUAUUUGCAUCUCAUCAGAGCAGGAAACAGAGGCAGCCAUUUUCUGGUCUUGGCAAUAUUUCACCCAGGGUUACUAUGGAAAUAUGAAACCCUUUUGUGCUUGUUCUGAAUUGGCUAUGGAUGUUCCUUAGGUCCUCUAGAGCUUUUCAACUGCUAGGGGUAUGAGGAAUCUGUAUUCUUCUCACGGUGUUUCGUAUACAACCCUUUGCCUUUCCAGAACCAAGAAAGAACCUAGUCUAGUAUGACGUGAUGUACUCUCAUUUGAAUUGCACUGGUAUGGCCCAUCCUGAAACACACAACUCUGUGUGUGGAGGAGUUUGGGAAAGCAAAUAUUGAGGAAUGUUCUCACUAAGAGUUGUGUUAUGAUGUUUAAUGUGUGAUCAUGUUAUUAUUGCACAGAAACCUAUGUUGUUUUUAUAGGCCAAGUUGAAAAGGAUUACUUGAGCUUGAGGUACAGCUUAGCUUUUGUAAACAGUUUCACUUUAUCACUGCAGUUGGACAUUUUCAAAGAAAACGGAUGAUUUUCAUGGAGAUGGUUAAAUUUGUGUAUAUUCUCGAUUCACAUUUAAUACAUUUGAAUAUAAUAAAGUUACAUCUUUUACAGAUA